ACACAGCGGUUUGGAACACAAGGAGCUGUUCGUUAAAUAAUCCACGCCCCCUGGAAACCGCUUCACCCCUGCCGAGUGAGGAAUCUUGGGCCGCAUCCAAAACCGCAUACUACCGCACUAAAGAGUGUGUCCACGGCGCACAAAACCGUCUUCCAUUAACGUUAUCUUCUCGGUCCGUCAUGCUGACCUGAGCACGGGGCUGACACCGGAAAGGAAGAAGCUUCAGGAUUAUGCGCGCCGCUGCAAGACAUCUUUAAAGUUAAAGAGCAGGAUUGUGGCAGACAUGUUCUCCACCGAGACACACUAAAGCCAGGGAAGGGACUCAUGCCUGGUCAGAACUCAAGAAGCCCAUUGGAUGAUUGCAUUUGCAGGCAGAACCAUGCAUUAGGAGAUGAUGUCCAGUUGACAUCCAGAGCUUGUUUUCUACAGCUGGUUUCAGCCUCCAUCCUUCUGCAUGAUGAGCGUUGCUGAAGGAACGCUGUGCAUCCUCUAGCGCUCUACACUGGUCCCUUCAUUCCGUCUCUACAGAUCGCUCGGGGACGGGCAUGAAAACAGCGCAGUGGUCCAGGGAAGAGGUCACCAUUGAGCCGCGCAUGGAGACUCACGUGAACGGCCAUGUUAAUGGCCAUGCCGCUGGCGAUGGGAGUAAGACAACGCGCAAUGGCUUAGCCAACGGUUUUCAUAAGGAAGUGGUGCGAAUUCUAAUCCCUGGCCCACCCAGCUCUUCAUUUCCCACUGAGUGGGGCAAGACUGCCAUGACUUUGUUAUAUGCCAUCUGCUGCUUUAUUUUAACCACUGUAAUGAUUUCUGUAGUCCAUGAGCGUGUGCCUCCCAAGGAGGUGAGCCCUCCAUUGCCUGAUAAGUUCUUUGACUUUUUCGACCGUGUGGAGUGGGCUUUUACCGUGUGUGAGAUUAAUGGGAUGAUUCUGGUGAUGUUAUGGAUCUUACAGUGGAGUCUCUUGAAACACAAGUCCAUUGUUGGUCGGCGGUUUCUUUUCAUUGUAGGGACGCUGUACCUGUACCGGUGUAUCACCAUGUACAUCACUACUCUGCCUGUUCCAGGGAUGCACUUUAAGUGCUCAGCUAAGCUACAUGGAGAUUGGCAGUCCCAGAUGUGGCGGGUGAUGAAGAUGCUUGCCGGCGGUGGUUUAUCCAUCACUGGCUCUCAUCACAUGUGCGGGGACUACCUGUACAGCGGCCACACGGUCAUGCUGACCCUCACCUAUCUCUUCAUUAAAGAGUACUCUCCUAGACGCUUCUGGUGCUAUCACUGGGGAUGUGGGACACUCUGCGUCGUUGGUGUGUUCUGCAUCCUUCUCGCUCAUGAUCACUACACCAUAGAUGUAGUCAUUGCCUAUUUCAUCACCACGCGCCUCUUCUGGUGGUACCACACCAUGGCUAACCAGUCGGAACUCAAGGCAGCAACUCAGAACAACUUCCUGUCACGCGUGUGGUGGUAUUGGGUUUUCCAGUAUCUGGAGCGGAACGUGCAAGGUGUCGUCCCUCGCAGCUACCACAUCCCCUUCUCGUGGCGAUCUAUACAGUGGGGCACAGUGAAGUACAGCAGGAUUGAUUCUGACUGAACGUAAACGCUCAAUCUGAAGAGCGAAACUCUCAAAGACUUUCCUUAAGUGCCAGGUCAUGUGACAAAUGAAGCCAAUCCCUUUAGCGCUCAGCUGCAGGGCGCACCGGUCCAUCUGGCCAUCCAAACAUCGUCCAAAGCAUUUCAUUCCUCACCCACUACCUACAUUCCCUUCGCAUUUCAGCUCGGAUGUGUUAUGGGAUGCGUGGUGUGUAGUACACAGGGCCAGAGCGACUAAUGAAUGCGUUUAGCACCUAGCACCUGCCAAAAGUAGUCACGUGGUAAUGUGAUCUUUAACAAAUCACUAACUUGGUAGAUGAUCUGCCUCUGUCUGUUACUUGAACAUGCAGUAAAGUGAACCAGCUACAGAUAUUUCCAUUUGCUUACAGACUGAGCCAGUUUGCCAUGUUUUAUGACAGACCUACUUGACAGAGUGGAAUCUAAAGUUUACCCCAGUCAGCGGGUUUUUUUCCAGACUGUUUGCUUCACUCAAAUGUAGAAGUGUCCCUUUAACUGAGAAUCCUGCAGUUUAUUGUUGUUAUUAUUAUUAUUAUUAUUAUUAUUAUUAUUAUUAUUAUUUUUCAGAAAAUGACUUGCAGGGAAGGACAUGUUUGAAGAGAAGUGCAGUUUUGUAGCUAUCCACUUAAACACAAAAUUUGGAAAAUGUGCUUUCUAUAAGAAUAGUGAUUUAUUUUUCAGAGUAAAUCUGUCACAUUUUUUUACAUGGAGAGCAAAAGGAGACAAAAGACUGUUUUUGGUGAUACAAACUUCCUCAGUGCCUUUCUUGCCAGGAUUGUACAGAGAUCCUGUGGUCUGUGUGUUUGUUCUUUUUUUUUAUUAUUAUUAUUUUAUUAUUUUUGUGCGUGUGUGUGUUUUUUUUGUUUUUGUUUGUUUGUUUGUUUUUAAGCUUGUGGUAUCAGUGGUACAUUAAUGUUGAUAAGACCCCUUAAAUCAAGGCAGAAAUAUCCAGCAUUUAGGUUGGAGGUAUUUAGCACUAAAAUAUGAAAGAAAACAUGAGAAGUAGUAAAUAGCUAUUGCUGGUAGAAAUUGAUGGUAAGUGUAAAGGCAUCAAUAUAUGUUAGUAUUAUUUCUUUGGUAAAUUUGGAUAGCUGCUAGGUUGUAGUGUCUACUUUCAUAUUUCCUUAGACCUAGAAUUUACUUUCACAGCAGUUGUUCAUAGACAGGGAGUUAAGAAUAAAGUGUAUAAGAAAAAUAUAAAAUGAUUGUUGUACUAUCUUUGCACUUGUCCUCAUUUUUACCAGCAAAGCAUAUUUGGUUUUAGGAAAUACCCAAAACUUAGGAUGUUGUAUAAGGACUGUAAGGUUUUUACCAAAUAUUCAACCAUUAAUGACCACCAAGCCAAUGUCCAUAAUCAGUUUUGUUGUAGUUUUUGUUGUUGUAUAUUAAAUUUAUUUAUUACAAUAUGUCUAGAAGUAUUCCUCUUAAUGGAAUAUGGGAACAUAUUUCAUGUCCUGUUAUUUUGUCUAAGACAAAUGGCUGUGUCUUUGGUUCUGCUUUAAUUCCCGACUACUGGGCAGGAGAGUAGUUUCAGUGUCUUUGUGCAUUGAUCGCCGAGAGUAUUUUUGAUCAUGUCUACCCUAUCCAAUGUGGUUAAUGAGCAGGAUGAUACUUUGUUCAUAAGCUGAUAACAAUGAGCUGUUCUGUACAACACAUGAUGAGAAAAGCUGCUAACACUUUCAAAUUUUUUGGCAAAUAAAUGACAACCAUUAGCACACAACUAAAA